AAAGAAACACCAACAGAAUAAAAGUGAGAGAGGAGCCUAUGUGAGACCGUGUAUGUGGGUUGACAGAGCCGCGUAUCAACUAAGUGCUUCCAAAAGGGAACUGUGGGGAGUUACGAUGGAGACGGCGUAAAGGAUGUGGUGGGAAAUGAGGCCUGGAGGAAGUAUAAUGCUUAGGUCACUUAGUGCCGCUGUUUAAUUAAACCAGGUAGAGGUGACUCCACUGCAGAUGAGGGAACAUGUUGGCUAUGGACCAAGGAGUGGUGGAGGAAUGGCUGUCAGAAUUUAAGACUCUCCCUGACAAUGUGGUGUCCACUUAUGCUGCAUCACUAAAAGACAAAAGUGCUCUGAUCCCUGCACUCUACAAAGUUAUCCGGGAGAAUUACAGUGAUUUGUUGGAGCCAGUGUGCCACCAAUUGUUUGAAUUUUACCGUAGCGGUGAGCCACAGCUGCAGCGUUUCACGCUGCAGUUCCUGCCAGAGCUCCUGUGGAGCCUCCUGUCUGUCAGCGCAGGGAGAGACCCUCACACCUCGGGCUGCAUCGAGGCCUUGCUGCUGGGUAUUUAUAAUCUGGAAAUAGUUGAUAAAGAUGGACAAAGUAAAGUAUUAUCUUUUACUGUCCCUUCACUGUCUAAACCAUCAGUGUACCAUGAGCCGUCAACCAUUGGAUCUAUGGCUCUGACAGAAGGGGCUUUAGCCAAUCACGGGCUGACCAGGGUGGUGUAUAGUGGGCCACAUCUCCAGAGAGAGACAUUCACAGCACAGAACCGGUUUGAGGUCUUGACCUUCCUGCUGCUUUGCUACAAUGCUGCUCUCAGCUACAUGACCUCCACCUCCCUCCAGUCGCUUUGCCAGCUCAGCUCCAGGGUGUGUAUAUGUGGUUACCCGCGUCAGCAGAUACGGCGUUAUAAAGGUAUUAACGGACGGAUGACUGUCACAUCAGAGUUCCUGGUUCAGCUCAUCACGGGGAUACACUAUGCCUUGUGUAAUGGAGAAGUGGACUUGGGCUCCAUAGCGCUGGAUGAUGUUCUGUAUCGGGCCCAGCUAGAAUUGUUCCCUGAAGCUUUAUUGGUGGGUAAUGCUAUCAAGUCAUCACUCUGCGGAGCUGCGCUGAAGAGCAACACAAAGGAGGGUGCACGGAGUAUCGAGGUCGAGAUCACACCCACCUCUUCCAGGAUCUCCCGCAAUGCUGUCACCUCCCUCUCUAUCCGGGGCCACCGCUGGAAGAGAAACGACGCAGUGGAUUUGGGUUCCCCGGAUGAGCUGAUGGGUAUUUCAGAGGUGGAUGAAGGGGUGUGGCCUGGUGUGGUGGAAUCUGACAUGACCCCACCCACCAUUACCAUCAGCAACAGCGUCACCACGCUGAAUCUAGGUGCAAAGGCCAUGAAGAAGUGUCGGUUAGGCGGCCGCAGCAGCAAGGACAAAGACAAAGAGGCGGGCCCACCAUCAACCGGCCGGGCCUCGAGUGACAACGCAGAGCUGUCAGUCAAGCGACUGACGCUGACAUCCAGCCAGUCGGUGCCCAAGGCAGGGGCUCUCACCAGCCUGACACGCACCGCCAGCGCUGUCUUUUCCCGCUCCUUUGAGCAGGUGGGCAACAACACCCCCCCCAACUCCAGCAACUACACCACCUCUGAAGCCGGCCGCUAUUCCUGCAGUCUGCAGGACGACGGGAUGGGCUACUUGAGUCCCACGGCAAACCAUAUGCAGCGUUCUCCCAGCAUUAGCGUGCACCUUGGCUCUGACCUUUGAACCUUUAUGUAAACCCAUGCUAUCUUGUGACCCUACACCUGUGACCUGGAACUCCAAGCCAUGUCAACUGCAGAUGACAAACACAAGAACUAACACUGCUGGUAUUUCUUCCAUCACUCCAGUUUAGUGUCUCAGAUCCUGUGUUGUCCAUCAGUCUGGCGCUGAGGUCCGAGCAGCACCGGCCUCCUCUGGACUUGACGGAGGCCGACCGUAUGUCAGGGAGUCCACGUAAUGUAGUGACCCGUUGAUGGCAAAAUUGUGCCAGCACAAAACUGCAGAGCAAUCUGUCGUGUUUGAGAAGUUAAGCCAAUGGUGCACUGAAUUACAAAAAAGAAAAAAGUAUUUGGAAAGUGUUUUUAAGUGAUAUUUCUUUAUCGGCAUGGCUUUUUCAUAUGUCUGUAUUUCUUGCCCAGGUUUGUCAGAGUAGAUAAGUGUGAGUGAAUGUAUAAUUUUUAGAAUAAAGGCUGCUGAUGGAUUGAACAAGGUAUGAUUCAUGUCAAAGCAAGUAUUUCUAAGUUUUAAGAAAUAAGAUGAUCCCUUCUAUAGCAAUAAAAAAAGCUUGUUCAGUGUUUUACCACUUUAUAGUGUGAUAAAACCCAAGCUGCCUCCUUUCAGCGUUCAUUCAUUUUCCAGCAGUGCUUCUUUAAUAAUAAAGCCUAGCUCUUCCCCACACCCCCCAAAAAACAGGAAUAACCACUAAUGCAGUCAAGCUGAUUUUUUUUUUUUUUUUUUUUUUUUUUUUUUUUUACCAGUUUGCAAUCAAAUGUGUUCAUGAUGAAGAAGCAAUGUUUCAGCUCCUCUUUCUCCUAUUGCACCUUUUUAAAUUGCUGUGUAUUUGAUGGCAAAACAAAAAUACAAAUUCUGACAAGGGUUUUUUUGUUUUUUAAGAUGAGUUGGUGAUUUCUGAUGUACUGAAUUUUGCACUCGAGCAAACAUAUGACUUGUAUUUUCUUAUGACUAAAAGAGGUUUGACUCUUGCAUGUGAUGUAUGUGUGUGCCCCCCACCCUUAAGAGAGCUCUGUUCCUCUGGGUAAUACCCUCACAUCUAAGCACGUGUUCAAAAAGUGUUAAAACCUGCAGUCUAACCUUGUCCGCGCCGACUUGCACAGAUGUAACAGAAUGCAAUAAUCUGUGAGUAAACUGUGCCAGCUUGACCCGGACUGUCCCGGAGCCUGUGAUUUCUGCAGCAGGAUGACUCUUCUUCUUCACCCACAUUCCAGAUGUUGGUUGUACUUUAGUGAUGUUUUCUGUCUCUUGCCUUGUCCAUUGUGCCGUGGCGGUAUUCUUUUGUAUCAAAAUAGGAAUUAAACUCCACCCAUCUGGUACAUUUGGUGUCCUAAAGUAAAUGUGUAUUCUGUUGUCAGUGUCUGGAGUGUGGUGGGGCAACAACAAUCACAUGGAUUCUGUUUGUAGCUGUACAGAAUGUCAAGUGUUGUACUAAUGUUGGCUGUGUGACUGACUAUACACUGCCACAGCUUCAGCUUCUGGGAAUAAAGUAUUUAUAUUUCA